AUGGUGCAACUUCAUGAUGGUGUCCACAUUCCAUUAGUCGGUUUGGGAACGUGUGGAGCGGAUCACGGGCGUUUAACGGAGACAUUGAGGACCGCUUUCAAGAUUGGAUAUCGAAUGAUUGACACAGCAAUUGUUUAUGACAAUCAUGCAGCUCUGGGAAAAGCCCUUAAAAUUGCUUUACCCGAAACCGAUUUAAAACGCGAAGAAAUCACGAUAAUCACAAAGAUUCAACUCAAGAAAGAAAAUAACGAACAUGAAGUGGAAAAUCAGGUAAAAGUCUCUCUAAUGGAGCUACAAUUGGAGUAUCUGGAUGUUGUCUUGAUUCACUAUCCAACUUAUGCGAUCAACGAUGAACAAGCGGAGAGAAGUCCUGACAAUGCAAAGAUGAGAAUUGAAGGGUAUAAGACGUUGCUGAAGUUACGAGAUAUGGGUCUCAUUCGCACGGUUGGAGUCUCAAAUUUUGAAGCUAGGCAUCUUGCGGAAAUCGAGAAAGCUGGACUUGCAAUGCCGACCAUUGAUCAAAUCGAAUACCAUCCACUUUUCCUUCGCACUGAUCUCCUCGAGUACUGUCGAUCCAAGAAUAUUUUCUUCCAGGCAUUCACAUCUUUGGCAAAUCUACGCCCAGACUUGGCGGACAGCAAAACGUUGAACGAAAUUGUGGAAAGAACAGGAAAAACGAAAUCAGGUGUCUUGCUCUCAUUCGCCACUUCUCAAGGAAUCGGUGUCAUUCCGAAAAGCAAUACUCCAUUAAGGAUUGUGAAGAAUUUUGAGGAAGCCUACCAAACCCUUGACAUUCCUGAUAUUGAAAAUCUGAAGCUUUUGAAUCUCUACUCAGAAGGAAGUGUCGUGAAAUGCUGUAAAGGAUGGAGAGUUUUA